UCCUUUUCUUUUUAUAGUUCAAAUGGAGAAGUAAGCAGAAGACAGACGGAUGGUAAUGCCAUUUAUUUGGAUUCCCAUCAUUUGACAUAGUUCCUUUACACACCGCUCAUCUCUCUUUACUCGCCGUACGUUUUUAUUAUUUGAUUAAACCAUAUUCUUCUUGGAAAUAAAUCAAGAUCAUCAGCAAUAUAGCAACAUGAAGGGACUGCUCUUCCUGUUGUGCUGCGUAGAACUCCUUGGUUCACUAUUGUGCGGUGCUGAAACGAUCGCAGGAACUAGUGCUGCUGAAAAUCUGACUACUACAGAUCCUGCCUCAACUACUCAAGAAGACAAUUCAACUGCAGACUCCACUUUACCAACUUUUCAAAAAACAUCCCUACCUGAUCACACAAGUGAGGCCAACAAUCAGUCUGAGUCACCUUCACCAGGCUCCCUGGACUUCAGCAGUCAUAGCACUUCAAUGCCAUCUGGCACACAUCGGCCCACCACCAUUUAUACUACCACCACUUCCACCACCACCCCUAUCAAUAUGUACAGGAAGGAAUGCCUUCCAUUGUUCAUGGUGAGCGGCGGACUGAUCAUAGCGUGUACCAUUCUGCUGGUUUCUACUCUGCUGUUGAUAUGGAAGGUGUGCCAGCAGAGCAGACACAUCAAGGCGCUGAGCAGCAACGCAGACCUGAUCAGCACCUCCGAAUACUGGAUGGGAACCGCCAAGAGGAACAAAAGCGCAUCAGAGCUAGAAGCCAAAGAGAACACAGUGUUGAUGUCUGACAUUGGUCAAACGCAGGAGGAGGUGGGUAAUGGUACCACCAAGGAAGAAGGCGGGAAGGUAAAGGAGGAUGGACCAAAGGAAGAGAAGAAGAAGGAGGAAACUGCAAAGAGUGAAGUUGCUGAAAAGGCCUCAAAGCCACAAGAAGAAGCCACUGACUCCAAGUCCACCGAGGCCGCAUCCGCCUCCAACUGUAAAGGCACUGAGGAACCAAAAGAUAAAGUCUAGGGUUAAAUGUGUGUUCAAUGUGUUUCCUGAGCACCUGCCUUUACUUCCCUAUAGCUUUAUAAUACAGUAAAUAAGGGAUUCUUUUUUUCAGCAGCAUUUGCUUUACAGGAAGUCGAUCAACCGCAGCUAGAUGUGUCAAACUGUGCACUGAGCAUUUCCGCUUAAAAACAAUUGGUUGGUACUAUACUUCUUUGUUAUUAGUGAUGUGAUUAGUGAUUAGUUAUAUUGAAAUGUAUCAACGGGAUAUUUUACCUUAAUAUUAUUGCUUUCAAUUAACUGUGUACCAUCAAAUACUCGUCACCAGUUUCCUUUUCAAAGAAGAAUAAGCUGGUAGGUGGAUCUUAGACGCCCUUAAUCCUUAAAAUGAUUGAAGAGGGUGAGUUGUAUAAACAUCAGCACUGUCCCGUUGUAAUGAACAGGUACAUUAGAUAAAGACACCAACUUUUUUUUUGUUCCAACCUGUAAACAUGAUUAUUUCUGCUUUGGCGUUUUGUAAUGGUGGUGUAUGGAGAUUGACUUACUUUCGAGCAAGCGUCAGGUGGCUAAUCGUGCAGCUUUUGGCACUGAUACAUUGUCUUAAUUUUUCACCUGAAAGUGGCCCCUUGAAUUCUACUUCCAGUUUGUAAAGUGAUAUUUUGAUAUAGUUUUGCUGUCAUUAUUUACUUUUCACUUUUCUAUUUACAAUACAUAACAAAUGUUCUUUUUUGGGGAUCUUCCUGUGCCAUGAAGGCAUUUGAAUAAAAAGAAAAAUAAUAGUGGUCGGUAAUUAUAAGUGGUCAUUUUGUAGGUAAUUCUUUUUAUAUAAUAAUAUGUGUCAUAGUCAAUAUGUGUUGUGAAAAACCUUUUGAGAUGUACUGUUUUGACAUACGCAACAAAAAGGGGAAUAAAACCCGUCCAGAGAAA